UUUGUCGAAAAUAUUGCCAUCCAUUGCAGUAUAUUAAUUAUUUUUGUUUACAGCGCCAGAUUUGCGAUACUUUUAUUAAUUUGCCGAGUUUAAUAUUAUCAUUAUUAAAUAUGUCAGGACAAUAUCCGAGUGGUUACAAUAGUCCACUUGGUGGACACCGUGGACAGUUUAAUCCUCAACAGCAACCACAACAAUCUCCGCAAAUGAUGAAUACAAUGAAUCAAAUGGGCCCCGGUGGAAUGGGUCAGAACGCAAUGGUUGGCGCUGGAGCUGGUGGACAAAUAGGUGUUGGCGGUGGCCCGAUGAUGCCAAUGGGAGGAUAUCAUCCACAACAACAGCAACAGUUGCCAAGUGGUAUGGGUAUGAGUGGACCAGGAAAUAUUAUGAAUACGCCAAUGCAAAUGCAGCAGCAACAACAACAGCAGCAGCAAAUGCAACAACAUGUGCAAAUGGUACAAGGUGGUGGUCCGGUAGGUGUUGGCAUGAUGGGCGUUGGUGGCGGUGGACAAGGGAUCGGUGUUGGCGCUGUAGGAAAUAUAAUGCAGCACGCUCAACAACAACAGCAUAUGGCCACUGGCAUGUCAAUGAAUGUACAACAGCAACAGCAGCAGCAACAACAACAACAACAAGGACAAAUGCCACAUGGUAGUACAGCCGGAAUGAUGCAUACGCAACAGCCUACGACACAGAUUGCCGCUGCAACUGGUAGCAAUAUGUUGGCAAUAUCACAACCGAACCCACACAAGGAAAUAAACAUUGUUUCCCUAUCUCGAUUGGGGCAGGAAACUGUCCAAGACAUUACUUCACGGUUUCAAGAGAUAUUUACAGCACUUAAAAUAAUUCAGCCAACAGGAAAUCGAGAUAACAGUACAGAGAAAAAGGUACAGGAAUAUUUUCGAACAAUACGACUAUUAUUUAAACGCGUACGUAUUAUAUAUGAAAAAUGUAAUGAUGGCUAUCCACAUGGCAUGGAUUAUACAAAUGUCGAGAGUUUGAUAACUUAUAAAGAGGAACAACCCGAUCAUCGUAAUGAACCUGCACAAUGUGAUGAAUAUCGAAAAGCGUUGCAAGAGAACCAGGAACUUAUUGAGACAGUUCGUUUAAAAAAUCGUCAAUUACGCGAAGUAAUUGAUCGUACUCGUAUAAUUAUUUGGGAAAUCAAUACUAUGUUAGCAAUGAGACGUUCUUAGUAUUAGUGCUUAUUUUCAAUACAUUUAUUAAACAAAAAUCAAACAUUUAAAUAUCUUACAACAUACAAUUUGCAUUAUAAUCUAACUGCUUAGUUUCAAUACUUUAGGAUCGAUCAUUUCGGUAAACUUAAUAUUCAUAAAUCGAGUUUCAAACGAAUCAUCUACACUGUAUUUAUAUUUUUGAGGAAUGACAGCAUUUUCGAGACUAUCAUCUGUAAUUAAGUAAAUAUUUAUAUACAUGAAAAACUGUCUUUGGAAAUAAUUUGAAAACUAAACUUGGAUACUUACUUAUUAUAGCAAGCUUUAAAGCUUUAGUGCGUUUAUUGAUGUGUUCGCAUCUGCAGGCUAUGAAUUGUGAUUCGUCAAUUUUAGCGCCAGAAACACGACGAUUAAACUGUAGAAAAAAGGGAAAUAAUAAAAAUAAAUAAUUAAUGUAUGUAUGGCUUAUAUAAAGUAAACCUGCCUUAAAAAUGAUCACAUCUCCCAAUUCGGGUGUUCCGGUCAGUGGUAUACAAAAAGAUAGCAUUUCAUCGAUGUUCAUUGUGCUUAUGCUAUUAUUUAAAGUUUCGGAUAGUUUAUCAAUACGACUUGUCGCCAGAGAUUGGUGUUGGUCAUCAGCAUCACUUAAAUCAAUUAC